AUGACUGAUAUCGCCGCAAUUACCGAGAAGCUUGCGCCCCAGGCGGAAGUUGCCUACCCCAAGGGUCCGUUCUACGAGGGCCCCGAGGCACCUUGCCGAUUCGAAGGCGAGGUGUACAACUGCAUUGUCAAGGGAACAAUUCCCAAGGAAGUGGAGGGUACCUACUACCGUUGCAUGCCGGAUGCUCUUUGGGCACCGAAAUACCACGACGAUGUCUUCAUCAACGGUGAUGGCGCGAUCGAUGCCAUCCGCAUCAAGGAUGGACAUGCCGACUUCAAGCAGAAGUAUGUCCGUACCUCCAAGUUCGUGAUCGAGCGAGCUGCUCGCCAGGCAGUCUUCGGAAAGUACCGCAAUCGCUACACCGAUGACGUUCGUGUCAAGCACGAGAUUCACUCCACUGCGAACACGCACAUUAUCUUUUUCGAGAAGCAGUUGCUGGCUUUGAAGGAGGAUUCUCCCCCAUAUGCGAUGGACCCGCACACUUUGGAGACUAAGGGACCUUAUGACUUCAACGGCCAAUACACUGCGCCGACUUUCACUGCUCACCCCAAGAUUGACCCUGUUACUGGUGAGAUGUUGACCAUGGGCUAUGAGGCCAAGGGAGACGGCACCACCGACGUUGCCUACUAUCUUUUCAGCAAGGAGGGCAAGAAAUUGGAAGAAUGCUGGUUCAACGCUCCUUACACUGGAAUGAUGCACGACAUGGCCUGCUCCGAGAAGUGGGUUGUUUUCAUUCUUCCUCCUCUCGAGACUCAGCCUCUCGAUGAGCUCAAGAAGGGAUCCAAGCACUUUGCCUGGGCUGAGGACAAGCCAUUGACCUUCGGAAUUCUGCCCCGUCGCAACCCCAAGCCGGAAGAUAUCAGAUGGUUCACUUACAAGAACGCAUUCUACGGACACACCGGAAAUGCAUUCGAUGGCGAGGAUGGAUGCGUCUACUUGGAUGCUCCCCUUACUAACUUCAACAAGUUCUGGUUCUUCCCUCCCCUCGGCCAGGACCCGAUGCAGGCACCCAGUGGCAAGCCCCCUGCUAGCGGAAACGUCAGCCAGUACGUGCGCUGGAAGUUUGACCCCAAUGCCACCGACUUCCACGUCGAGCCUACUGUCUUGGUUGAUGCCGAUGGCGAGAUGCCUAAGGUUGACGACCGUUUUGUUGGCAAGCCUUACAACACCCUCUUCUAUGCCAUGCACGAUCCUACCAAGGAAAAUGGUCCCGUCGGCGGUGUAUACAACGCCAUUGCAAAGUGCGAUGUGAAUACUGGCGAAUUGAUCCACUGGUCUGCUGGAGACCACACCGCUAUUCACGAGGUUGCAUUCAUCCCUCGCACUCCUGAAUCCGCCGAGGCUGAUGGAUACCUCAUCACUCUCGCCAACAGACGGGAUACCGGUCUUUCUUGCAUCUUGAUCUUGGAUGCACAGAAGGUUCCCGAGGGCCCCGUUGCGGUUAUCGAGCUUCCUUUCCGCCUCAGGAACGGAAUUCACGGAAGCUGGGUCCCAGCUGACGAGCUGGAUAACUCCGUUGAUCUCUGUGACAUGCACGGUGUCACCGAUAAGAUUCGCGCGGAAUUCAGCAACAACCCAGUUACCUUCCCAGUUCUCUGA